AUGUUUGCUGUGACUUUGGUACUGGCGCUCUCAAGCGCUGUCUCAGCGCUGUUGGUUGCAAAACUGCCCGACCCCGUAAAAGAUGGCCGAGGUGUAACCAUCUGGAACGACCUUGCUUUCAAAGGUGGCCAAUUCGGCAUUCCUGCAGAUGGGCACUGCACCGAUCUACACUUGGUCUACGCCGACUUUAACGACAGGACGAGAAGUCUCAAUACGGAACAGGGUUAUCGUUGCGAAUUCUUCCUUGACCACGGAUGCCCCACGAACGGACCUCGUUUCGUGGUCGGCGCCACCAAUCAAACUAUUGCUGUUGACAGUCUACGCCCCGACUUCGACAAUGCAAUCAGCAGCAUUGAAUGCACCGUCAUCGUCGGCGACACUCCCGCGAUUAAUGACCCAUCACACUGCGAAUAUUUACCGGGGACCGCGUAG